AUGGAUCAACCCUCGAUGGCUGAAAAGGCUCAAAGUGAGGCAGACACUGAUGACUCGGAUGUGUUCUCUCACCCCAGUUCACCAACCACACACCACAGUCCAGGCCAUGGUGGAGUCCACCGCCAUCACCAAAGGGUGUCCCGUCCCCAUGGUGAGUCCCACCAUCAUGGCAUAUCCCCUCAUCGUGAUGGAUCUCAAGACUUCCAGGACAAUGCCUUCUCCCGCCAUUCCCACCGCUUCCACCGCUCCUCAUCCCUCUUCCCGGAUACUUCCUGUGGCGCUUUCAUCUCCCACCAUUCCUAUGGUGAGGACCACUGUGAUGACGAGCACCACCACAGUAGCAGGAGACAUCACGGGAGGCCCCACCAACAGAGGGAGUCCUACCACCAUGGGAGACUCCAGCAGCACAGGGAGUCCCACCACCAUGCCCUGCCCAGCACAGUGAGGCCCAUCACCAUGGCGGGCACCACCAUCAUGAAGCCCAUCACCACAGAAGGCCUGCCUCCAUGGGGUCCUACCACCAUGACGAGCACCAGCACAGAGAGCAACAGCACGGUGCACAUCCUCGUGACUACCUCCACCGAGAGCACCACUAUGGGGACCCCCCAACCUAGCAAGCCAGAUAGACAGAGCUCAGCCUUCAGCUUGGCUCGUUCCCUGAACACAGCGCACUCACACCCUGCCCAGACAUCCAGCAAAGUCCAUCCUCAGGGCUCCUCCUCUAAAACCUCGGAAAGCUGGCCCGAAGAAGACGAGCAGAUUCAGAAGCACAAAACUGGCCGAGCCCCACGAACCCACAAGAAGCUGCACACUGUGGACCUCUUCUAUUUGUUGUGGGAAAAAUUAAGCCACCUCAUGUGGGGCCUUUCGAGAAUGCUCAGGAAACUGACUGACUCCUUGGCCUUUGAAGCCUUCAUCGUCUUCAUCGUCUGCCUUAACACCAUCAUGCUCGUGGCCCAGACCUUCGCUGAAGUCGAGGUCCGGGGUGAGUGGUACUUCAUGGCCUUGGACUCCAUCUUCCUCUGCAUCUACGUGGUGGAAGCUGUGCUCAAAAUCAUUGCUCUGGGCCUCAAGUAUUUUUUGGACCCCUGGAACAACCUGGAUUUCUUCAUCAUGAUCAUGGCUGUGCUGGAGUUCAUGCUCAUGCAGAUCAACUCUUCCUCCAUGCGCGUGGUCUACAACCAAAGCAUCUUCCGCAUCUUCAAGGUCUUCAAGAGCCUGCGAGCCUUGCGAGCUAUCCGGGUCCUGCGGAGGCUCAGCUUCCUGACCAGCCUCCAGGAAGUGACCGGGACCCUGGCCCAGUCCUUGCCGUCCAUCACCGCCAUCCUCAUCCUCAUGUUCACCUGUCUCUUCCUGUUCUCUGUGGUGUUCCGGGCACUGUUCCGCUACUCUGACCCCAAGCGCUUCCAGAACAUCUUCACCACCAUCUUCACCCUCUUCACCUUGCUCACCCUGGACGACUGGUCCCUCAUCUACCUGGACAGCCGAGCCCAGGGCGCCUGGUACAUCAUCCCCAUUCUCAUGAUAUAUAUCAUCAUCCAGUACUUCAUCUUCCUCAACCUGGUGAUUGCCGUCCUGGUGGAUAACUUCCAGAUGGCCCUGCUCAAAGGCCUGGAGAAAGUGAAGCAGGAGAAGGCCUCCCAGAUCCAUGAGAAGCUACUGGAUGACUCACUGACAGAGCUCAUGGAAGCAGAGCCUGAAGAGGUGAUAAGUGGAUACACUAUACAGAAGCAGCUCAUUGAGAAAAAAUUUGGAGGCAUGACUGAGAAGCAGCGGGAGCUCCUGUUCCACUUCCUGCAGCUGGUGUCCGGGGUGGAGCAUUACCAGCAGAAAUUCCGCUCCCAGGCAGCUGUCAUCGAUGAGAUUGUGGACACCACGUUUGAGGCUGGAGAGGAGGACUUCAGGAAGUGAUCCCCAGAGCGGCAGCCCGAGUCCAGGCUUCAGCCUCUGGCAGGCUCUCCCCCGGGUCGGGCCAAGUCCCCAUCUCUGCUGGAAAGAUCACUGGGCCUGCAGGGCUGGGCCCCAACAGAGCUUUAAAACCCCAGGUGGCUCCGUGUCCUCC